AUGUCAUUUUCCACACAAACACCGACAAUCGUUGUUUUGAAGGAAGGAACAGAUCUGUCUCAGGGUAAAGGUCAAAUCAUUAAUAAUAUUAAUGCGUGUUUAGCCAUCCAAGAUACCUUGAAACCAACAUUAGGUCCAUUUGGAUCCGAUAUUUUAAUCGUCUCUUCUAAUGGAAAAACCACUAUUUCGAAUGAUGGUGCUACUAUCUUAAAGUUGUUGGAUAUUGUUCAUCCAGCUGCUAAAAUGUUAGUGGAUAUUUCUCGUGCUCAAGAUGCAGAAGUUGGUGAUGGUACAACUUCAGUAACCAUCUUGGCAGGUGAACUUAUGAAAGAAAGCAAAACAUUCAUUGAAGAUGGAAUUUCAUCCCAUCUUAUUACCAAGGGGUUGAGAAAAGCAAGCGAAUUAGCUGUUGCAAAGGUCAAAGAGGUGGCGUUAGAAAUCAAAAAAGAUGAUGAAGUCGAAUUCCGCCAUUUACUUGAAAGAUGUGCCAAAACGGCAAUGUCUUCUAAGCUUAUAAGUAAAAAUUCUGAUUUUUUCACUAAAAUGGUAGUUGAUUCCGUGUUAAGUUUGGACCAAGAUGACUUGGAUGAAAACUUAAUAGGAAUUAAGAAAGUCCCAGGUGGUGGAAUGGAAGAUUCUUUAUUUAUUGACGGUGUUGCCUUCAAAAAGACUUUUUCAUACGCUGGGUUCGAACAACAACCAAAACAGUUUACAACUCCAAAAAUUUUAAACUUAAAUAUUGAAUUAGAAUUGAAAGCUGAAAAGGAUAAUGCUGAAGUGAGAGUUCAACAAGUUCAAGAUUAUCAAGAUAUUGUGGAUGCAGAAUGGAAGAUUAUUUUCUCAAAAUUAGAAGCCAUCAAGGAUACUGGUGCGAAUAUUGUUUUAUCGAAAUUGCCUAUUGGUGAUUUAGCCACUCAAUUUUUUGCCGAUAGAAAUAUUUUCUGUGCUGGAAGAGUUUCAGCUGAAGACAUGGAUAGAGUCAUUAAAGCGGUAGGUGGUAGAAUUCAAUCCACAUGUUCAAAUAUUGAUGAGAAGGAUUUAGGAACCUGUGAAGAUUUUGAAGAAGUUCAAAUAGGUUCAGACAGAUAUAAUGUAUUUAAAGGAUGUCCUCAAACUAAGACUUGUACAUUGAUCUUGAGAGGUGGUGCCGAACAAGUUAUUGCUGAAGUUGAAAGAUCAUUACACGAUGCCAUCAUGAUUGUUAAAAGGGCAGUUACUCACAAUUCAGUUGUUGCUGGUGGUGGUGCUAUUGAAAUGGAAGUUUCAAAACACUUAAGAGACUACGCUAAGACUGUAGCCGGUAAACAGCAAUUAAUUAUAGCAGCAUUUGCCAAGGCGUUAGAAGUUAUUCCAAGACAAUUAUGUGAAAACGCAGGUCUUGAUGGUAUUGAGCUUUUAAAUAAAUUAAGAAGUGCACAUGCAAAGGGAGAAAAUUCUUAUGGUAUUGAUUUCCAAAAAGAAUCGGUUGGAAAUAAUAUGAAGAACUUUAUUUGGGAACCAUCGUUGGUUAAAAUUAAUUCUAUUCAAUCUGCCACCGAAGCUGCUACGUUAUUAUUAUCGGUUGACGAAACAAUUCAAAACGAAGAUGCAAACCAAGAAUCUAGAGGAAGAGGCGCCUAUUAA